ACUACGCAGAGACUUCUGCGACUCCUCCAUGUGAACUAUGUCUCGGUCACUGAGCUUCCUAUGCCCAGAUUCUUCUCUCUCUUGCUUUCUACUAUUGGUUGUUUGCCAUUUCUAAAUCCACCCUCCAAGCUUCAUUUCUCCCUUACUCUUCUCUUUCCUCUGCUCCCAGAUGAUAAGUUUGACAGAAAUUGCAAGGAGAAACAAUGGGAUGCACUGCUUCUAUGUAUGCAGUUGGGAGGAGAAGGAAGAAGCCAAGUAUACCAGAAAUGGUAGUAUAUGUUCCUCCAUUGCGAAUACCAUCACAAUCUGAUCUUCAAAGGUCACUUAAAGGGCUAAUUCCUCGAGAUCUUGUGGACAGAUUGGCCUGUCUUCGAAAUCAGAUUAGUUUAGUUGCAGGGGACACUGCUGGAUCUGCUAUAACUGAAUUAAGUCGAGCAUUGGAGGAGUAUUUGUCUCUUCUUAUUGGACUUACUAAGAAAGAACAUGGUCUUGAAGGCUUGGUGGAAUUCAAGUGGAAAGUUUUAGAAGAUGGGCAUCAUGACAGCUCUGUCUCAAACUCCUGGUUUGAGUUACUGUCUGUUGUUCAUAUGAUGGCGAUCCUGACUUUGUCGGAAGCUGACUUAUUGAUGAUCCCCAAGGAUCACUCUGGUUCUGGCAUAAGAGUUGUAUCUUCAGAUUGUAAGAGGGAUGCUGUUGAUUUACUGCUUAAGGCAGCAGGAUACUUGGAAUUCUGCGUCCGAGAUGUACUGGUUCGAAUUCCAGCAGAUAUCAAGAAAGGAUUUUCAAAAGAUUUGCAAGAUGGGGUUUUGGAGGCUCUGUCUAUUCAAGCACUAGGCCAGGGAACUGAGAUUCAGCUUGGUUUAGCUGUUGAAAGUCAGAAAGCUACUUUAUCAGUAAAGAGGAGGUUGGCUUGUGAACAGCUGAUCUAUUUCAGUCAGGAAUCUCCAAUUGAAAAUUUUCUUCGUCAGGCUUAUCACUGCCUGUCAAAAUGUGACAUGAAUCAUGAAUAUGGGAAGAAGCAUCUCUGGUUCAUCAAGUGGAAGUUCCUUGAAGCAAAGGCUGCAGCGUAUUACUAUCAUGGCCUGAUCCUUGACAAGGGUAGUGAACCUGCCUGUCACGUUAGUGCUGUAUGUUGUUUUCUUGCAGCAGAAGAACUUCUAACAGAAAGCAAGAAGGCCUGCUUAAGCUUUUGCCUUGCAGCACCUGUCACCAGAUCUCCUCCACUGUGGGGUGCCAUGAAGCACUUGCAUCAGAAAAUUCCUGAAGUUGCUUCAAGGAAAUCUCAGAUGUAUGGGUACCUAUUGGAAGAAGAGAAGGGUUUGCAAGCAUUGCCUGACCUGCCAGAUUUCCAACUAUCGUUGAGACCUGACGACUAUGUAUUGCCUGAAAUGGAUGAGGCAUGGGAUAGAGAGAGGUGGAAUCUCCAGAGCCAGUCCUUGAAAGAACAUCUCAAAGAUUCUGAAGAUGAGAUUGAAACUGAAUGAUACCAAUUCAUCACCUUUUAUUCUCUAUUAUAUAUAUAUAUAUAUAUAUAUCUGUUUUUUGUUUUCCUCUUAUUUUUGCUCCUCUGGACUUCAUAUCAUUAGCUUAUAUGGUAACAAUGUAAGGUUCUUGAUUGCUGUCUUGGCCAUGUAAAUUCAGUUUUACUUUUAUGCCUC